UUCUUCCGGUUGCAGAGGUUUUGGAAGUAGCUGAACUUCCCACUACGUCUCAACGUCAACUUUUUUUUCAAACUUUUUAUUAUAUUUUGUCAUCAGUAGUUUAUUUAUUUAUUUUCUUCUUCUUUUUUCCCCCGUCGUGUCAUUUAAUGGGAUGUGAAGGUCUAUCACCUUUAUUGUGCUACAUAUGAAGAUUUUAUGACAGAGGAGGCAGAAAGCAGCUAACGCCUGUCAUGUUUUCACCCGCUCCCUAGUUGACAGGUUGGUUGUAAGAGAACUCUACAAUGUGGGCAAAUAAGCAAAGAGGAAUCAGAGUUUCUCAAGAAGAGCUGCUCUGCAAGAAUGCCUGUGGGUACUAUGGAAACCCUGCGUGGCAAGGCUUCUGCUCCAAGUGCUGGAGGGAGAAAUCGCGUCCAGCUGGAACACCAAGACAAGACACAAGACCGAGCAGUGAUGGAGGACUUCCCACAUUCUCCAAAUUCGAAGAAAAGAAAAACAUUGAGAAAGGUCGUCGGAUUAAUACAGUGAGAAGACUCUUCUGGGGCAGCUCAUCGCCUCCAAAACCUCAAGAGUCUCCUGAAAGCCACGCAAAAGUGCUGAAAGCCUACCAGAACCUUGAGCCGGGGGACUUCACUGGCUUCCUAAAGAUAUUGCGGAGUCCCUCCUCCCAGCGUUUACAGUCCCGCUGUACAGCGUUCCUCAACACAAUGGAAGCUUACCAUGAUCUGCCGGUACAGAAGCAGUCGGACCUUGUGCAGGACUUUUACCAGUCUUUUGCUGAACAUUUUAGAAGUUUUCCUGAGGAUCAGGUCACUCAGAUAAUGGAACAUGUGGAGAAGCUGAUAAUGACACGGCUGCACAAAUGGGUUUUCUGCCAUGAUAGCUGUGAUGACGAACAGAAAGACCUAGCUCUCCAGAGAAGAAUACGUUCCUUAAACUGGGUCACUCCACAGAUGCUGAGCGUUCCUUUUCCAGAUGAAACAAUUCCAGUUACAAGCGACCCCUUCAUGCCUGCUAUAACAGCCAUUAUUGAAAUGGAUGCCAAAAGAGCCCCACAGGACAAGCUUGCCUGUGUGUCCAAAUGCAGUCAGCACGUCUUCGAAGCGCUCUCUACCUCCAACAGUGAGCCAGCUAAUGCUGAUGACUUCCUGUCAGGCCUUAUUUAUGUGGUGCUUAAGGCCAAUCCACCUCGCCUACACUCCAACAUGCAGUACGUGAUUCGUUUUGGUCUCCCCCACAGUCUCAUGGCAGGAGAAAGCGGCUACUACUUCACAAACUUGUCUUGUGCAGUGGCCUUCAUUGAAAAGCUUGACGGACCAGCACUCAACCUGAGUCCAGAAGAGUUUACGGGCUACAUGCAGGGUCAGCGUGCUCCAGCUGCAUUAACCAAGAGACAGCAGCUUGCCAGUGACACACAACAUCUACUGGAAGAGCUAAAAGGCAGACAAGAGAAGCUACACCAAGGAGCAGAUGUUCUCAAUGCACAGUUGCAGAAGUGGGUCCAAACAGUUCAUUCACAGCUGGAUGAAGCAACAACCCAGUUUGCUCUGGUGCGGAUGGAGAUGACAGCACAAGCUGAGGUCUCACAGGUAGUUUCACCUUCUGCUCAUGAUGCAUCCCAGCAAGGAGACGAUAAAGAGCAGACAAUGCUUUUGUUUAAUGAUCAGCGCCUGGGUUCACAAGAUACAGACUGUUAGCUUUGUAAAAAUGUGGUACUUUACAUCAGCACUAACACGCAGACAAUAGGUUUAUAUUGCAUCAACAUAUUUGCACAAUGUUCAACACCUGAAAAAAGGGGGGUUCAGGCAUCUGAGGAUGAAGGAAAACUUCCUGAUGGAAACUUUGGUGUAUAUUCUUUCAACACACUUGUAAUGUUUCAGUGACGUUACUAGAAAUGAUUUGCACUUGUAUUUGGGGACGAAGGAUAAAAAAAAAAAGCACAUUCCACUUCAUUAGCAAGAGUAAUCAGAAGUAACAUUAAGCACUCAGGGAACGCUUAGAGGUGUUAGGUAACACUUUAAAGGUUUUUAUAACAUGUAAUUUUGUGUACCAAUGUGCCUGAC